AUGGGGAACGCCGCCACCCAUGGCCCCUCCGCCGCCGCCCGCGGCAAGGUCAUCCUGUCAAACGGCGACGUUUUCACGUACGACCGGCCAAUCACAGCCGCGGAGCUCAUGCUCGAACACCCGCAGGAACUGGUCGUCGAAUUCCCCGCGGUCGCGGCCGGAAAGAGGCCGGCGCCGCUGCCGGCGGAUCAGAAACUGGAUCCGAGAAAAACCUACCUAAUGAUCCCUAAAAGGAGAGGCAGAUCGGCGCCAUUGUUAUCGUCCGAUGAAGCUCGAGAGCUCUUGGGGAAGACGAAUUUCGCUCUGAAAUCGAAGGCGCUUUUGGCUUACACGGGGUUCGUGCCGCUGUUCGUGAGGAUUUGCCCUGCCGGCGGGGUGAAGAACGGCGCCGUUUUGAAUGUGGGAAGGGAGGACGAGGGUAAAAUCGACUAUUUCAAGGAGAUUUUGGAAGGGAGGCCCGAGUUUCUGAGCAGGCAGGUUUCGGGUAAGGGUUGGAAGCCCAGUUUGGAUCCGAUUACAGAAAAGGCUAUUAAUGCCAAAGUCCGUCACUGGAUGUUUUAA